AUGUUGCACACAAUAUUCACGGCGCCGCGGCAACCGAACCACCAGCAGCAGCGCCACCGGAGGCUGCAGGUGCGGCGCGUGUUCGACCUCUUCGACCACGAUGGCGACGGCGUCAUCACCGCCGCUGAGCUCUCGGGCGCGCUGGGGCGCCUGGGGCUGGGCGCGCAGGCGGACGGGCUCGUCGCCGCCUACGUCGCACCCGGCAUGCCCGGCCUGCGGUUCGCGGACUUCGAGGCGCUCCACGCCGAGCUCGCCGGCGGAGGCGAGGAGGGCGAGGAGGCGGAGACGAGGGAGGCCUUCGCCGUGUUCGACGAGAACGGCGACGGAUACAUCUCCGCGGCGGAGCUGCAGGCCGUCCUGGCGUGGAUGGGGUUGCCGGAGGCGGCGUGCAUGGCGCGGGUGCGCGACAUGAUCGCCGCGCAUGACCGGGACAGCGAUGGCCGCGUCGACUUCCAUGAAUUCAAGGCCAUGAUGGCUGGCGGUAUGUAAAUGUAAUAGCAUAGUUAUAAGAAUCCGAUUUCUCGUUUCAAGUCAUGUACUACUACUAGUCUACUAAUAUUCACUCCGUUCGAAAAAACUUGUCCCUUAAAUAGAUGUAUUUAACACCAAAUUAGUGCGAGAUACAUUCAUUUGAGGAAUAAGCUUAGGACAAGCAUUUUCGGAUGAAGGGAGUACGUGCUAGCUAUACGUACAAGCUAGUUUGUCAUGUUUUUUCUUUUCCU